AUGGCAGCUUUUACUGUCGACGAAACGAGUGCGCCCACUAGUAUCGAAGACAGCAACCACCAGCAAAACGGUAAAGCUGAAUAUACCACAGCCACCAAUCUUAUCGACGCUACUAAUCUCAGUGUUCAAGGAAUCGUUGUCGCUGCCGGCUACCCAAGACAUCUUACGCUUGACGUUGGUGGGCGCAAGUUCAAAGUCUCGUGUGACACGCUGAAGUCUGAGUCUGGCUGGUUUAAGAGGCAGCUCUCCGGACGUUUCGGUCCAUGGGAGCCUGAGCUGGAUGGCUCAUACUUCAUGGACACUGACCCUGAUCUCUUUGAGUAUCUUCUUCGCUUCAUGCGCCGUCCCGAAGUCUUUCCUCUUUUCUACAGCAAGAUGAACGGCUUUGACUAUGACCUAUACAAUCGCCUGCAAGCAGAGGCGCUUUACUUUCAGACGGACACGCUAUACGAGUGGAUAAAAGACAAGGCAUGCUGCAUGCAUAUCCGCGUAGUUCAUAGCCUCGAUUAUGUACAGCAAGAGAUUCUUCCAGUCCACAAGACCGAAGAGUUGCAUGUCGUUCCGCGAACACGCAAAGUUUACCUUUGUCCUCGCCAGAUCGCGGGUCACAAAGGCCAUCCUGAACUUUGCGGUGCGGCAUGUCAUAAGAGGCAGGCGGAUAAUGCGGUAGAAUACGAGGACGUGGGUUUUCUGCAGGUAGUCAGCCUACAAAAGGAGAUUGUCUUCGACGAAAAGGUCUGUAGAGACGACUGA